CGGCAAUUCAUUCAGCAUGCAACUGUCACAGUGCAUUAUGGGUAUUCUCUAGCCGUUGAGUGUAGCCUACAUGAUGCCAUGAAUGCAAUAUUAGAUGACCCUUGUGGGUAACAGGCUUAAUAUUCAUGAUCUCUGCCUUUUCCACAAACCAUAAAUAACAUUACUCUACUGAUUAAAACUCAUGUGAGCUUCAUACUUCCCGCAGUCCAGAACCAGUUCUUCAGCUCACUAAAUGAACUCAACAGUCUGGAUUGUGGAUAGUUAUGAAGAAGCUCUUGCCAAAAACAUUGUGAUUGUUUGUCUUGGUUUUAUCAUUAAUUUCAUCAACGGAAUGUUAGUAGUGACUUUUUUUUCUAAUCUAAUGUUUUCAAGAGACUCCAGAUACAUUUUAUACAUUCACCUGGUAAUCAAUGACAUGCUCAUGAUAUUUGUAUCAGUGACUUUAUAUGUGUUGUCCUACGCUUCACCACUUGUUAAUGUUUCGUGGUGUUGCAUAUUGGUGAUUCUUGGUAAAGUCACUUUUAAUAUUACACCGUUGAAUCUGGCUGGUAUGGCCAUAGAACGGUUCAUUGCGAUCUGUAAACCACUGCAUCACUUUCAGAUUUGCACUCCACAACGAACCCACAUCUUUGUAUGUUUGCUAUGGGUUUUAGGAGCUAUGCCUUCUCUAGUAGACAUCAUUAUUUUAUUUUUAACCCAGCCCAUAUCUUUCUUCAGAUCAUUUGUACCUUGCUACCCAAUAUAUGUGUUCCCUUCUAAAGCCCACCAGGACAACACCACUGCUUCACAAGUCAUCUAUAUGUCUUUGGUGUGGAUAAUUCUCAUUUAUACUUAUUGCAGAGUCCUGUUCACUGCCAGAAAGGCAGUUUCAAAGGGUUCAGCUAAUAAGGCUCAGAGUACUAUACUGUUGCAUGGUGUCCAGUUACUUCUUUGUAUGCUUUCCUUUAUCACCCCUUUUAUGUACUUAAUUAUUACUCCUUUUUUUCCUCAACACAGAACUAAGAUCACUUUCUGUAUUUAUCUGUUCACAAAUAUUAUGCCUAGAUUACUGAGUCCUUUGAUUUAUGGGGUCAGAGACCAGAAGUUUAUGAAACAAAUGAAGGAAUACUUUACAUGUAAAGUUAUUAUUGUAAAGAUUGUACCAUCAAAAUGAUGAUUUUUAUAUAGCUAAGUUUUAUUUAAAAACAAGAUUUAUAUUUAUUUGCAUUUCUGUUUAAUUAUGGCAUUUGUUUUAUUUGAGAUUUGAUCAUCUUUUCAGUGGCCUAAAAAUGUUUAGACACUUAAACCUGAAAGUGUAUGAAAGUGAUUGAAUAAGAUAUCAAAAAUAUCAAACAUGUUGCAUACAAACAAAUGAUGAAUUGAUUUUGCUCAGAACUAAUGACUUUGCUCAUUGUCUUUUAAUCAACUGGUGUUUUGGUGAUUGUAUGAAAUCAGUUCUCCUGAAGUUCACACAGUAGUUAAUCACUUUAACUUGGGAAAUUAUCCAUUAAGAAAUCACAACUAGGCCUAUACGUUUUGUCUUUAUUUUGAACAGUAUCUAUUGUUUUAUAAAAUAAAUGUCUUCAUAGCUGUCAGGGUUCUGUGUUUAUGUUUUCUGUGUCACAUGUUCUUUAUUCUCAGUUUUCCCGCCACUAGUUUGUUUCCUUACUUACCCUGAUUUGAGUUCAAUUUAGGAAAAAUUGUUCAUUAUUUUGUUGGUUAAAUAUUUUAUUUUUUUGGUUCUCUUGUUUUUGUAUGUGUUCAUAAUUUCUUUGUAUGACAGCCUGGCCAAAAAUGAUGUCUGCACAAUUUAACAUGCUUCAUUGUGUUAUCACUAAUAAAACAAUUGAC